AUGUUGGAUAUUGUAAGGAUUCUUGAUCUAUUCUACUUCUGGCGUUUUAAUAGUUUUAUGAGUUCGAUUGUUCGCGCUUACUCAAAUUUACAUUCGGAGAGUCAAUGUCGCCUGACAGACACAAGGUCCGCCAUUGUUUUGGCCGUUUUGGUGGUCCGGAUGGAAUAUCGCCGCGUUCAUUUGAAUAUUUUAAUAAAUAAACCCUGGCUCCUCUCCGAAUCCUUUAUCCCGUGCCAGAUCUCCCGUGUGCUGCCACCACGUAAUGUGUUGUACGAAUGGGUCGUGCGUCGUGCAAGCCAAGAUCAUCAGAUCAUCCAGAUCAAUCAAGUUUUAAGGGUGCCGGGUAUCGAAGUUGCUCCAUCUGGUAAUCUGAACGAAUCGAAAGAGGAGGUUCAGAUUUAA